AGAAGCGUUCACUCCCUCCAGAGGAGCGCACUGCUUUCUGAAGGAGCCAGUGGUUGAGGAGAAAACAAUCCAGUCAGCGUUUUGUAGUCACUUUCAGAUGACUUCCUCUGCCUCGUUAGAGAUAUUGGCAUAGCUGACAGAUCUUUUCACGCCAGUUUAAGGAAUGUUUUAGGGAGAAAUUGUCUCCAAGGGGCAAUUGGAGCGGGCAGUGUGAGCCCUUAUAAUGCGGAGAGAUCAAGUCUCAGUAGUUUGUCGGAAUGAACGCAGCGCAGACGGACCCUGAGAAACUGCUCCAUGGAUUGACUGAUUGAUUGAUUGGCAUUUGAUUUUACAUUUUUCUUCAAUAUCUGAGGAUUUCUUUCUGUGUCGUGGUUAGUGUAUUAAUAAAAAAAAAAAUCGUGGAUUACUAUUGGGGGUCGAGGAUUUUUUUCCGGAGGUGCGUUUUUAAAGAGGAUAUUUAUUUUGUAUUUGGUUUUUUAGUUAGGUUACGCACGGGUCAAGGAUCCGAAGAGGGGAAUUAACCUUUGACAAGGUGGAAAUAUUCAUCGUUUGGACCCUAACUCAUCUCUCCAACAUGAAGUCUGUCACUGUGUGGAUGUGCGUUCACAUCUUCCUCCUGCUCUUAGUCUGUCCCCCAGAUGAGUCAGCGAGUUCCUGGGAGACUCCCUCAGCUUUGUCCGUUUCCUUGGCCAGUGGUUCUCCAGGAUCUCUGGGCACCGGGUCUGGGCCUGGAGCUCAGCCGGAGUGGGUGGACUGCAUCCAGGCGAGUGACAUGUGCAACCAGAACCCUUACUGCAGCUCUCGGUACCGGGUGAUGCGCCAGUGCCUUGUGGGCAAGGAGAAGGAAGCCAUGCUGGACAACAACAGGGAGUGCCAGGCGGCCUUGGAAGUGCUCCUGGUCAGUCCUCUGUAUGACUGCCGCUGCAAGAGGGGCAUGAAGAAGGAGCUGCAGUGUCUGCAGAACUACUGGACCAUCCACAUGGGACUCACUGAAGAUGGAGACAUGGAUGACUCAUCCCCGUAUGAACCUGUAGCUCCAAGCCGACAACACGAUGCAUUUCGCCUGGCCUCCAUCUCUUCAGGUACCUCAGACCGACGCUGCGAGCACGCCGUCGGAGCGGCAGACCCGUCCCCGUCUUUUCGUCGGGCCACCGAAUCUGAGACCCCCGUGGCGCCGAGGUCCCUGACCGGAGUCGCGAAACACCCCGUCGCCGAAGACCGACGUCUGAAGUGGAACAACCACAGGAGGAACGACGCUCCACCCGCUCUACUCCGCCUCGCAACGGAGAACCGUCGACAACAAGUCCCAGAACAGUACGAAACCGGCCGCAGUCUGUCCCCAAGCGUCACAAAGAGUGUCGCAGCUCGUUGCUGCGGAGAGCAGGUGAAACACAGCGGUCGUACUAUCAGCUGUCAGGAUCUUUAUACCCUGCGGUACCAUGUGCUGCGUCUGGCUGUCAACAGGCUACACAUCCAGCCUGUUGGAGGAGAUACUCUGCGUUCAUUAGUCUAA